AUGACAGAUGCUCCUUCUCCAGAAGGAUAUACGAUCAACAGGGACAUGAAAGGACAGAGAUACUCCAUCUCAAGGUCGGACCGAUUCAGGAAAAACUCAAAGAAAACACCUGAUUUUGAAGUAGAUCAAAUUUUCGAAAGUGAUUUAUAUCCAUAUUACCGUGACGGAUUAACGCUAUUGGAAUUAUGUUGUUAUCACGGUGCUGUAAGUUGCUUUAAAUACCUAUAUCAAGAGUUAAAAUCACAAAUUACUAAUGUAUGCCUUGAAUUAUCAUUUUUGGGCCGAAAUCCUGACAUAAUGAGCGAAUGCUUGAAGCUAAAGAAACCAAACCAAAGAUGCCUAACAUUUGCAAUUAUUUCACAUAAUAUUGAUUUUGUUACAUUUUUGCUGAAUGAAAAUAUAUAUCUUAGAGUUGAUUUAUUCGAAUUAGCUUUCUAUCAUAAUAUUCCAGCAUUUUUUGCAUACCUUGAUAUGACACAAAAUUUCAACCAUUGUUUUGUUUAUUCUUCUCUUUUCUUCAUGCCUGACCUUGUUGAAUAUUUAAUCUCACUUGGUGCGGAUAUUAAUGCAAAAAAUAGUGAUGGCGAAACAACUCUUCAUAAUUCAUGCAAUUAUGUGAGCAAACAAAUGUUCGAUAUUCUUAUAUCCAAUCAUGCAGAUAUCACAGUAACAAAUAAGAAUGGAGAUUCUGUAUUUCAUAGGGCAGCAUGGAAUAAUAGAGUCGAUAUUAUGAAAUAUCUUGUUUCACAAGGAAUUAAUGUAAAUAUAAGAAAUAAAAUAGGUAAUACAACUCUUCAUAAAUGCGCUGAAGCAUCAUUAAAAAGCGUUGAUGCAGCAAAAUUCCUUCUUUCAAUUGGUGCAGAAAUAGAUACGAAAAAUAAAGAAGAUAAAACCCCUUUUCACUUUGUAUCUCUUCUAAAUCAUAAAGAGUUUGCAGAAUUCCUUCUUUUAAACGGUGCAGAGAUAGAGGCAAGAGAUAAAGAUGGAAAUUCGGCUCUCCAUUUAGCUGUAUAUAGGAAUAGCAUUGAAACAGUGGAAUAUCUUAUUUCAGCUGGAGCAAAUAUUAAUUUGAAGAAUAGAAAAGGAGAAUUCCCAAUACAUAUUGCCGCACAAUCAAAAUUGUUACAAAUGACCGAACUUCUUGUUACAAAGGGAGCAAAUAUCAAACAAUUAGAUAAACAAGGACUUUCAGUUCUGCACAUUGCAGCAAAUAAAGGCAGUAUAGAACUCUGUAAAUAUUUUAUUUCCCUUGGAUUUGACAUUAAUGCAAAGGAUCUUAAUGGAAAAACACCAAUACAUUAUGCAACACAUAGCUAUGCAGCAGAAAAUUUGAUGGAAUAUCUUUUAUCAGAGGGUGCUGAUGUAAAUUCACCAGAUAAUGAUAAUCAAACACCUCUUCAUUAUUCAGCACAAAUGAAUAGUUCAGGUGUAGCUCAACUUCUUCUUCAAUAUUGA